AUAUAUCGCUGUGUAUGCUACCUUUACUUGAUGAAUCAUCGAUGACGGGAGUUGAUUAUCAAGUUGGAACGGAAUUUGAUUUUUAUACCGGUACUGUAUAUGCGAUUGUUGCUGUUCCAACAAUUGUUUCCAUAAAUUCACCGAAAGAAUUCUUUUCGAGCGAUAUAAACGAUUUCCGUCAAUGGUAUAAUGAUAAACCGAGAGCGAUUCAAUUUCUUAGUCAGCUGUUAGGGCCAUAA